UGUUUUUCUUCAUUUAUUUUUCCUUCCGUCAGUUAUAAAAACAAAACACAUACAACAUGGAUGCCAUCAAGAAGAAGAUGCAAGCGAUGAAGCUUGAAAAGGAUAACGCCAUUGAUAAGGCCGAUACCUGUGAAAAUCAAGCUAAAGACGCAAAUGCUCGCGCCGAUAAGCUCAAUGAAGAAUUACGUGAUUUGGAAAAAAAAUUGGUGCAGGUUGAGGUUGAUUUAGUCGCCUCAAAAGAAGCUCUCGAAAAAGCUAACCAAGAUUUAGAAGAGAAAGAAAAAUUGUUGACUUCUACUGAAUCUGAAGUAGCCACUUUAAACAGGAAGGUACAACAAAUUGAAGAAGAUUUAGAAAAAUCUGAGGAACGCUCAACCACUGCCCAACAAAAAUUGUUGGAAGCCACACAAGCUGCUGAUGAGAACAACCGUAUGUGCAAAGUAUUGGAAAAUCGUUCUCAACAAGAUGAAGAGCGUAUGGAUCAAUUGACUAAUCAAUUGAAAGAAGCUCGUAUGUUGGCUGAAGAUGCUGAUACUAAAUCUGAUGAAGUAUCACGUAAGUUGGCCUUCGUUGAAGAUGAAUUGGAAGUCGCUGAAGAUCGUGUCAGGUCCGGUGAAGCCAAGAUCAUGGAACUUGAAGAAGAAUUAAAGGUCGUCGGUAACUCACUCAAAUCUUUGGAAGUUUCUGAAGAGAAGGCCAAUCAACGUGUAGAAGAAUUCAAACGUGAAAUGAAGACCUUGUCUGUUAAAUUGAAGGAAGCAGAACAACGUGCUGAACAUGCUGAGAAGCAAGUUAAGCGUUUACAAAAGGAAGUCGACAGGCUAGAAGAUGAAUUGGGCGUCAACAAGGACAGAUACAAGUCCCUUGCCGACGAAAUGGACUCCACAUUCGCCGAAUUGGCCGGUUAUUAAAUUUCGUAUCUGAGCGACUACUUCUCUAUAUUAUUACCAACAACAAUAAAACCAACAACAAAGAAUGUUGCACAUGCUGCUACCUGCUGACUUGACCUGGGACCACCAAAGGAAGUAGCUCCAAAGGCAUGCUUGAUAUUAAAAAUAUAUUUAAAACAAUUUAAUAAAUUUAAAUACACUUUUUACUAUUUGUAAAA